AUGUCAGACCAAGGACCCACCCGCCUUGAAACCGAGCUCGAGCUGUUAGAGGCCAUGUAUCCCGAUCAGACACACUAUGACCCCAAGUCACGGGAGUUAAAGUUCUCGCACAAUGACCAUGCCUCGCUCCUUCUUCGGUUACCGGAGUCGUAUCCGGAAUUAGGAUUGCCGGACAUCAUCUCUGCGACCGACGCAGCAAAGGAUGACCUGCGCAUACGUGUCAAAUAUGCGGUGACAGAGCUUGAAUUAGCUGAAGGAGAAGAAGUGCUUGACGCCAUCGUCGCUGCUUUUCAGCAGGUCGUGGAAUCUGCUCCUGCCAAAUCAAAUAUGACCCCAGCAAAUAGCGACUCAAAGGCAGAUGCAAACGACAACACCUCAAAAACUGUUAUCGUGUGGCUGCAUCAUCUUCUCAAUACCAACAAACGCAAGAUUGCUCUCUUGCCACCAGCAGUGACGCCUCCCGUAUCUGGGCUCACCAAACCUGGCUAUCCCGGCAUCCUCGUCUACUCCGGUCCAUCAGUAGCUGUCACAGAGCAUGUCAACGAUCUGAAAGCAAAAAAUUGGCAAGCGUUCCAGGUGCGAUAUGAGGGAGAAGAGCUCUGGCACUUUACACAUGGCAUGGGCGUCAAAGAGAUGGAGAGUAUGAGCGACAUCGUCAAGGGCGUCGAAACAGAAGGCGCGACUGGGAAGAUACAAAAGGAGGAACUCCUAAAGGCUAUCGGUAUCAAGUGA